UCCAUUCUCUAUAACAAACUUGUACUAUACAGUUAUGGCGGAAGAGUAGAGAAAAAGUGAAAUUCCAUUGUUGAAUCUCAAAGCUUUAUUUCUCUUGUGAUUCUUACAUUUAGGUUUUCAAAAAUGGAAGCAGCAGCCGUUUCAGUUGUAGACAAGUUAAAAUCCUUUUCAAAAUCUACGCAGGAUUUCGCUUCCGGCGUGGUCCGUAACCGCGAAGGUUCCAAUCCGAUUGAGAUCUUGAAGAGAUUGCAGCGAGAAGCUUUUUCAGAUAUUAUGAAGCUAAGAGACAGACAAGAGAAGUUGGAGCGAGUUCUUGCAUUCUGUAAAUCUUCUAAAGGAAGUCCAUUCCAAGAAAGUAGCACUCUUGUAAGAGGAGAAUUUGAUGCUGUAGGUGCACUUUUGAUGAUCGGUACCAUUGAUAAUUCGAAGCGCAAUGCAAUUGAAAGAGCAAUUAGGACUGGUAUUGAUUCUAGGCUGACUUUUGAAACAACUAUCCGUGAAAAGGAUACACUUGUAGCAGAGUUUGUUGGCAGCGAAAGAGGCCAAAUGGAUAUCCUGGGUAGUCCACUUUCCUUAGCAAAAGUUCUCUAUGCAGCACAUAUCAGUGAUUGGUGUUCUGCAGUUGCCAUUCCAGUCGGUGGUCUAUGCAGAGAUGUUGCAGUACCUACAAGUUCACGUGAGGAAAGGGGGCUGACUGACUAUUCAUCUUUUGGACCGCCCCUGCUGAAUCAACUAAAUGGUAGUGGAAUUGCUGUGACGGUUAAAAAAUCAAAUACUGUUUCCUCCUUGGCUCAGUUUGUCUCUGCAUUGCCACGCGAUGGUAGUCUUUUGUAUUGUUUUGGCACUUUUGGUCAAGUUGUUUGCCAACUUUCAAGCAAUACAAAACUAUCAAUCUUGGGCAUACACAAAAUGGCCAAUCUGUCACGUCCACAGCCUGAACUCGCAGCUAUGUCGUUGCCUUUUAGUUUUUUACAACGGUCAGGGCAUCCUGAUGCGGCCAUUGUGGAAAACAGCGUCUUAGAUGGGUAUCUUGCGAUGACCCUAGAGUCAGAAGUUUAUGAAAGUACAAAAAUUGGUGGCUGGGUAGAGAUGAAACGAUCAAAUCCCAAGUAUUUGCAGUGGGCAGUUACAAUGUCUGAUACCUCUGUGGAUGAUUUUGGAUGGAGUUUGAGUCUUGGUGGUUUGCUAGGAGGUCCAAGAAAGUGGGACCAUUUUCAAGUGGAAAGCUCUCUCAAUUUCAACGUAGGAAAGAAGUGCAAGUUGCAACCAGGUUUACUCUAUGUGAUCGAUGGAGCCACUCAGUUUCCUGCAUUGAUGUUCCGCACUAAUUGGUCCUUAUGAAGUGUGCAAGCUAGCUCAGACAUAAGAAAAACACUCCCCCCUUAUAAUAGAAAUACCCUUUAGCAACUCCCACGUAAAAUAGAAAGGAAGAGAAACAUUUUGUCUACUCCAACAGUGUUCAAUUUAGUAACAAAUUUUAGUGCUUUGUUCUUUCCUAUAUCAACUGCUUGGUCAAGCAUUUAAAAAAACUUUUUUGUGGUCAAA